AUGGAUGGUGAUGGUGAUGGUGCUGGGAGGUGGCCAAAAGGGUCUGUGGUCACGGUUUUGGGAUGUGACCAUAGAUACUCUAUACUUCGUCACAGCCCCAUUCUCACCGUUUUCCUUCGAGCCAGCCCCCACCUUCACCGUGCUCCUCCCAACCCCCUACCAUUGUCGUUCACCUUCCUCCCAGCCCCUACUUCGUCACAGCCCCCAAGAUCGACGAAGGCAGAAACCCUAGCGUCGCCAAGCUCCUCUGUCGCGUCUCACCGCCUCCACUGCCUUCACCGUCGCUACCACGGGUGGAGUCCGCCGUUGAGCUGUGCCCCAUUCAGUUUCACCACGAGCUUCCUCUGGGACCCAAUAUUCUAUUAUGGUCGAUCAAUCACAAAAUCCUCUCUUAAAAAGGAGAAAAAAAUUCGACAAAUGCAGCAACAACAUAAUGAAGUGGUUUCAACUAUGGAGAAAAAUCAAAAUAACUUAACUUCCAAGUUGGAUGGUUUAACAAACUUGAUUAAAACGUUGUUGCAACAAGUCAAUCCUGGUAUAAGUGCAGAACAAGUGCAAGUAAUGAUAGAAGCUACCCAACAAUCUCUGCCUGACGCGAGUAGUGCACCAAAUGAUGCGCGGCGAAGCAUUCCUCCUUCACUUGGAUCGAACCAUGUAUCAAAUGAUAUGGAAACAUGAUGUGAUGAAGAAAAUAUGUUCCAUACAAAUAUCACAUGAGAUGGGUCUUACCACCUUAGUUAUGUAAAUGUAAUAUUUUGAUGUGUUAUGUACUUUUUGAGGAAUUACAUGUAAUUGGAAAAAUUCCACUCUAUUUUGAUUUGUGUUGUUUAGACUAAAAAUUAAACAUAUGUAUCUUAUAAUGAAACUUUUGUGAUUUAGAUUUCUUGAA